AUGGCUGUCGCAGAGGAAGACCAGAUCGAGGCGCUGUACCAGCCCACGUGCCUGAACGUUCAGGGCACCAGGUGGACGAACUUUGGCUAUCUUCUGAUUGGUGGCUCCACCGUCAUCAUGGCCUGCCAGUCCCUGGGCAUCGGUCCGGGUUGGAUCUGGAAGAGCGCCGACGACUGCACCACCGUGCUCUUCACCUUCGAGCUCUUGGUACGGAUCUUCGAGAAAGGAUACCUCUUCUUCGUCGAAGAUGACAAGAAUUGGAACUUCUUCGAUGCUCUAGUAGUGGCCAUCUCGCUCUUUAGCAUGGUCAUGUCCCAACAGGCGGCGGCUUCAGCUAAUGGCCAGGCGCCGAAUGGUGCGGCCAUGCAGAAGAUGAAGGUCCUGCGAACCCUGCGCUUGCUCCGGCUGCUGCGACUCUUUCGGGUCUUCAAAGGCGUGGAGGAGGUGAAUCGCUUCGUCGAGCUGCUCCUGAACAGUGUCCGGACCGUUUUCCUCUCCAUGCUCAUUGUUGCCGCAGUGGCUGCUCUCGUGGCCACGGUGAUCAUCGCCUGCGGUGCGACGGUGAAUGCCUGGUUGCGAGACCACAAGCUGCCCAAGCUCCCUGAGAUCCACUGA